UAUAAAUAGAAUGUCCACAACAACAAUCUUCAUACUUACCACAAAACUUUGUAUAUUAUAAACCAAGUCGCAAAGAUGAAUGUCAAGUCAGUUAUAUUCUUGUGCUUCCUCUCCGCACUACUUCUUAUCGCUUCUGAAGCAACUGAACCGUCGAAAGAUGAAAAACAAGCUACAAUAGAGGCAUCCAAGACAAAAGUUGGUGUAGAUCGUUGGGGAUUUGGUGGAUUUCGUGGAUUUCGUGGUAGACAUGGCCAUGGUAGACAUGGCGGUGGACGUGGCGGUGGACGUGGCGGUGCACAUGGUGGAGAAGAAGACUCCAAAACAAAAAUUGGGGUAGAUGUUUGGGGACCCUCCAGCGGCGGUGGACCCGGCGGUCACGGAAGUCCUGGCGGUGGACCUGGUGUUGGACGCAGUGUACCUGGAGGUCCUGGCAGUGGUGGAGGAGGAUCACGUGGUGGUGGAGGAGGAGGAAGUGGAGGACACAAAGGAGGCAAACAAGGAGGGCGUGUGGGAAGUCCAUGAAAACAAUGAAACGUGCAUACUGCAUAUGUGUAUAUGUAAUAAGAAAUGUAAAAUAAAGCAUGGAGUGUGUAUCACUUGUCGUUGGACGAAUGUUCCCUUUUCAACGACACAUUAUAUUUAAUAAUGUUGUUACUA